AGAGUGCAGAAAGAGCUAAAACAGCUGAAGUCCCUUAAACCUCAUGGCAUUGAAGUGAGCAUUCCUUCUGACAGCCUUCAGGUUUGGGAAGCUAUCGUACCGGGGCCUGACGACUCUCCAUACAAAGGUACUUGUAUCUUGAUAAAGCACAAUGUCAGGGGAUUGAUCCAUGCUUUUUAUCUUCCCCAUGCUUUCCUCUGUAUUACUCAGGGCAAAGUAUUUAUCCAUCUAACACAACAAUAUGACUCUUUGAAGGGUUGUCUUGUAGUGCAUGAGUUAGUGAUCGUUACUCAACCAAUAGGCCACUUCCGAGUUCCAAAACCCUCACUUUCAAAAUGAGGCUAGGUGCACAACCUUUCUUGUGAAAAUGAGUUUUAUUUGCAUGAGAAUGAAAAAUGAUUUCCAUAUCAAAGGCUGAGCACCUACCCUCGUUUUGAAACAGAGGCCAGGGGAACUCGGAAAUGGCCAAUAGUUUGAAUCAUUAGGUUCACCGGGAGCGUGCUCUAAGUCAAAUGAUUAUAUAAUUAUAACUCUAAGGAUUCAUCAUACUUUGAUGUUUCUAGUAGAGUUACUGUCAACCUUUCAUUGGUAGGCAGCAUAUAAAUAUAAACUUGCUUCCUGUAAAUAUUACUGCAACUGUAUGUUAUUUCCAGGUGGGCGGUUCAAAGUUCAAGUGUAUUUACCGUAUCCUUUAGCAAACUAUCAGUUAUAUUAAACUUUUAACAGAGUGGCGAGUUACAGCAGGUAACAAAAAUCAAUGCGCCUUUUCUCUCUGGGACCCCUCCAUAAAAUAUAUAGCCUUAGAAGUUUAUAACGUAACCUUAUACGCCGUGUAUAAUGAAGGUUACUCUCUCUUUUCAAUAGUCUUCUUAGUCUUUUCCAAAAGAGCGAUGAACGACAAUAGCUCAAGCCAGGAAUAACGAAUUCCCUUUUUCCAACCAACACGGUCAAGCUUCCAGGAGCCGAUUUUCGGCUUGGCCAUAUUUGAUCAGUAAUAUAAUCGACAAUAUUUGCGCAUUGUCCCAAUGGUUCCCUAAGGAAAGAGAUCAAGCGAAGGAAAUCUUGUGCAAGAAACUAAGCCACUGGCUUGUUCCCGGGCGCCCCUUUCGCGCGGGUGUCACUGGGAUGCAUGCAAGUGCAUUGUACUCUCUGCGCCUCUGGAGAACAGAAAAGUCUACCUGUUGACGAGAGGCAAUAUAACAUUAAGUUAGUAUCGGUUUUAAAAGAUGGCGCAAACUUUCUUAGCCAGUCAAAUUGCAAUGCGCAAGCCCAAAACUGUCCAAUUUACUUAGGACACUUAAUUGCAAAAUACAAAAACUAAAAUCGUGAAUGGUCUUGGACGACUUACACACCUUAGAUCUAUCCGAUCUAUGUUCAUCUAUCGUUCUUAUCCUUGACCUUAUGUCUCUAUUCAGUGAGAACUAUCCUCUAGGAUAUCCAACGGUAAGCUUGAAAUAACUGGAAAGUUGUUUACAGCAGGAUACCGGGGAACGAACACGAUAUUAUGUUACGUUCAGAUUUGAAACGACACCUCAGUGAAGUAUAAUCAACAUAUCUGACGCGAGAGCAAGGUACCAGGCGAACAAUCUACGUCUCCUUUGCUCUCCCGCUCAGUCUCUGGGCGCGCCAUCGCUUACCCUUUUACAUCAGAAAUGUUGCGAAUAAAUUUGACAGGUGGUUUAGUUCAUUCUGAAAUAUUACAAGGGAUUACAUUUGUUAGGUGUAACCUCAUCAUUGAAGCAAGUUUCAAAAAUAAGUAUACUUUCCUCAUGCCUGCAGGGAAAAGCAAAGGGAAGAAUCAUGACUUUUCACCUAUUUUCAUAUUAGAUGAGGGGGAGGGUAUGCACGACUUCAGGAAAGUUAGGAAUAAAAUCAUUUUUUAGUUACGCUUACAAAACGGAAUUCUUUCAUCUUUCCAAGACUUUUUUUUUAAUCAAACUUUGAUUUGCCUUAGUAUCCCUGUCAUUAUGAGUCUUCUAGAGAUAGAAUUUUGUUGUAUUUGAUUUCACUUUAGGUUUGUUUUCUGUCUCCAAUAUAUCACUUGAACGUAAGUCCGUCAACUGGUCACGUGUGCCUGGGCUUCCUUUCAGAGGAAAACUGGUUACCAACUCGCUGCGUUCGAGAUGUGUUGAGUGCUGUGUUCUCUUUGCUCAUCAAACCCGAGCCGGAGAAUUCCGCUGAACAGGCGCUACUACAGGCAUAUAAUCACAACAGGGCGUCUUAUGAGGAGAAGGCCCGAAGAAGCGCAAAGAGCUUUCGAUGA